CCAUUUAUUAUUUGUUCUACCCAAAACUAACAAAAUGGGUUGGUUUGACAAUAUUUGUGCUGAAAGUCGAUCAAAUUUUUUCUUAAGCGAGCAAGCAUAUAAAGUUCAGUUUAAAUCAAGCAAAGAUCUCAUGAGCGCAGAUGAGUGCUACAGCUUUAUAAAAAAGAAUACUAAGCCCAGAGAAUUAAUACAACAAGAGCAACUGUGGAAAAUUCCCAUACUUCUUGUCUGUUUGGGCUGCAUUAUGGUCAUAUUGAUCGCGUUUUGCUUCAUUUUUCAGUGCUUGGUAAAAAGGGUACAGCACGCAAGACUGCCCAACCAGUUUGAAUUUGACAUUUGCCAAGUUGAAAAGUCGAAAAUUAAAUCACCCGUGGACAGAGCUAGCCAAAGCGAACCACCAAUACCCCCAGAUGAUACUUGCUGUUCCUGUUUGAAAGUCAAGUAAAGCAUACA